AUGAUAUUUUACUCUGAGGAACAUGGAGAGUUGUGGAGUCAGGAUGAUGCUGACUUCUGUCGCCACCCCUGGCUGGACAGGGACAUCGAGGCAGUCAGGACUCUGUAUUCAGACUCUGCAGUCUCUGUCAGGGAGUACGGGUCAAUUGAUGAUGUGGAUGUGGACUUAAAAAUUAAUGCUAACUUUUUAGAUGAGGUGGCAGCCCAAGCCUGGAGGAUUAAUCUAUCAGAGCCAGUUGUUAUCCGUCUGCAGUUUUCUAUGUCUCAGUAUCUGGAUGGACCUGCACCUUCAGUUGAGGUCUUUCAGCUGUCUAAUAAUAACUUCAGUCUUGGGAAACAGUUGCAGAAUAUUCUCACAGUUUUCAUAUCUCGGGUGUGGAAACACCUUGCAAACGACAACGCUGUAACUGGGCAGAAGAGGAGUCACAGCUGGUUCAGGCCAAGUGGAACCAUCAAGAAAUUUUGUGCAAGACUUAGCACCAGGCUGCCACUAUCAAAGUAUGACACACUCCAGGAACCGGCUGCAAGACGCCGGAUCAUUUUACCAGCAAUGAAGCUGAACCGUCUCACAAAUCAUACAACUUCCUACACCAUCAAGAAUCCCAUCGGAGAGCUCUUCACCUACACGCCCAGCGGAAAGGCAAUUGGGCACUGUAAGACCACACCAACUCUGCAGCACGGCUUCUUGGUACAGAUAAUGAGGUAUGCAGAGCAGAGGAUCCCAACACUGAAUGAAUAUUGUGUUGUUUGUGACGAGCGGCACGUGUUUCAAAAUGGGCCCAUGCUUAAGCCAGCGGUUUGCACCAGGGAGCUGUGUGUGUUUUCCUUUCACAUGCUGGGGGUUAUGUCUGGAGCGACAGAAGAGGUUGCCACCGGUGCAGAGGUGAUCGACUUGUUGGUAGCCAUGUGCAGAGCUGCCCUUCAGUCUUCACGCAAGAGCCUUAUUUUUGAACCGUACCCUUCUAUUGUUGAUCCGCACAACCCCAAAACUCUCGCCUUUAGUCCAAAGAGAAGAAGCUAUGACAGGCUGCAGAAAGCUCUGGACAAUGUCUUGUUGAUCAGGAGGAUGGCACAGGGUCCAUAUUCUGAGAUUAAGAAGCAGCUGGACAAGAUAGACCCUCUCGCUCAUCCAUUACUGCAGUGGAUUUUAGCAAGCAACAGAUCGCACAUUGUGAAGCUUCCGCUGAGCAGGCAACUGACGUUUAUGCACACACCCCAUCAGUUCCUGUUGAUCAGCAGCCCUCCAUGUAAGGAGGCUCACUUUCAAACUGCCAAAAAACUUUAUGGCAGCACCUUUGCUUUCCAUGGUUCCCACAUUGAAAACUGGCACUCUAUUUUGAGAAAUGGGCUGGUUAAUGCAUCUUACACAAAGUUACAGCUCCAUGGUGCUGCGUAUGGGAAAGGCAUCUAUUUGAGUCCCAGUUCAAGCAUAUCAUUUGGAUAUUCUGAGAUGGGGAAAGGUCAGUACAAAAUUCCUACCAGAGAAGAACUCUUGCAGAAACACAACCGAAUAAAUCAAAUCAAGCAGGAACAAGUGGGGGAAGGCAGGUUUCUGCAAAGCACGAACCUAAACUGCGUUGCACUCUGUGAAGUGAUAACUUCUAAAAACCUGCAAAAGCACGGCAACAUUUGGGUGUGUCCGGUUUCCGACCACGUGUGCACGCGGUUCCUGUUUGUCUAUGAAAACGGGCAGGUGGGAGAUGUCAACAUAAACACCCAAGAGGACAAAAUCCAGCAGGAAAUUUCACGAGUAAUUACUUCAGAGCCAUGCUGAGAAAACCAG